AUGGCGGACGGCAGAGAUGGGCUGAGCUUUCUACCGAAUGUUAAAGCCAGCACUUGCAAACAAGGAAAGACGACUAAACGAGUAGCAUUCAAAAAUCUCCAAAGACCUUUAGUACUCCCUAGCUUGGAACUCAGCACUGUUGACUUGCAAUCAGUGAGUAGCUUGUUCUCUCACAAGCAAAUAUGUAAAAAAGUGUGCGAGUGGUUUACAGAGUGGAGAUCCUGGCAACAACGGAUCUUAUUAUGCGGCGUCUCUGAAAAGUGCACGAAAAGUCAAUUACAGGCUUUUGUGACGAUGCUUGAGCCAGUAUUUCACAGGGAUUUUACUGCUAGGCUUAAAGGAAUUUAUCCAACAACUCGUAUCAAGGCGCGACUGGUUCACACAGCCACUGUUCCAAGCUUCAGCGCGGAAGAAUUGAAAAAUGCUCUUCAGCCAUCGCAGGAAGUAAAUCGGGUGAAUUCUUCAACCACGGUUGGUGAGGUAGAAAAACCUACAGACAAGGAUUUAGACAGUUUUCACAGUGAAUCAGGAGGAUCUUAUGACCGGAAUAGUUUCAGUGGUAUGAAUUUUACCACAGACACCAGGAUUGUGAGUAUCCCUGAGGGGAGCGUGGAUUCCCCUCUCACCCCAGAUGAGGGUACAGCUAUGACAGCUUCAUCUCAUACUAUAAAACCAGCUGCUAACAUUGAGGAAAACUGCCGGCAUGAACAUGCCCUGCCAUUUGUAAGGAGAGUUAGUACACCAAAUUUUUUCCCACACUUCAAUCAUAAGCAGCUUGGCCACAUGAGAACUGUUCUAAGGACUGGAGAUAAAGAGAAGCUCUAUGGACGUGCGCCAGUUACAUUUAAACAUAAUAAGUGGUGGGAAGGCCAUAAAGGAGGUCAUCUGAUCAAGCCCAGGAGGAGUAAACUUUCAAAUCAUUUUAAAUCUCAACUCAGUCAGAUUCAUCAGGUAUUACAUAGAUGGGUCAAGCUUCACACAAUACCUACAAUAUGUAUUAAAAUGUUUGACAAAUCACCAUUGAAAUUCUAGUACCAUUUUUAUUUUAAACCCUUUAACUCUCAUGAGUGACCAAGACAGAAUUUCUCCUUACAAUAUCAAUACAAUAUCAAGCAAACAAAUGAUGAGAAUAAAGAAAAAUAUCAAUUAGGGGAUUAUAAAUUGAUCCAACACCAAAUUCUCCCAACUAACAUCACAAGAACUGUACAGCAAACAGUAAGGAGAAUUACAAAUGAGAUCUUGGGAGUUAAAGGGUAAAGACCCCUACUUUCACCCUCCUCUCCUCCUAUCCCACACCUUCCCCCCUCCCUCUCAGCCCCUGUGCCAGGUUACACUUCACUUUUUGUGGUUUUGUAACAAUGAAUGAUACAAGGGGGUAUUGCAGCAAACUGCAUUUCUACAUGCCUCCUCAAGAGUAGUCUUAUUCAGGUUUUGUUAUAACACAUAUUGUAGCCAGUUAUUUCCUCUUUAUAUCUUCUGUCUUUACUUUAUGACAAAGCUCAAAUAUUCCAUCUUUCUUUCUUGUUCUUACAAUGAAGAAAAGGAGUAACCUGAAUUUUAAAAUCCCAAUCUUGAUAAAUUUUUAAGCAGAUUUCCUCUCUUGAAAGUGCUUUGGUAGGUUUGUUUUACAGUUUUCUUUGUCAUUAAUGAAUUGUACAUACUGUAUAGUUAUUACUAAUCCUAUAUACAUAAUCUUAAGUGUUACAUGUUGCUAUGGUAGCUAUAUUCUUCUUGUGAAUCAAUAGAUGAUUGUUUUGUUCUCUGGCAGUGGCUGGAUGAGUGGCCAACACAUGAGAGAGUAGAGCUACUAUCAGAGGUGGUGAAGUGUUGUGACGAAGAAUCUCUAAAUUUUUUUGCACAGUGUCUUACCCAGAGGUAAAGGAUGGAAAAAAAGUUUUUAUCCUUCACAUAAAAAGAAAUUUAAAAGCCAUUUCAAAUGAAAAUCUUGCAAGGAUUAUGACAUUUUGUUCAUUUAAUUUUUUUUUUCUUGUUUUUGUUUGUUUUUUUUUUAAUCUGCUUGCAAGUUCAUGAAGAUCCCAAGGGUUCAUCUUACCCUUAGUAAAAUCACAAGAAUUGUUUUACGAAUUUAAUAUUUGAUCCUACAACAUGAGUAUAACACUAGAGGCUCUUGAAAAUGCAAAUUCCAUACAUUUUUGAAAUAUGUUUUGGUGAUUGGAAGUUUGAUAGGUUUACAAUUUCCCCCAACUACCAAUUUUAGAAAGUGUGAGCAAUAUAAUAUAAUUACUCAGACAGGUAAUGCCACUACUGGUAAAUUUAACAGAUUGGCAAUGGUUUAGUGUGGUCUGUACUGUUAUCAACAAGGAUAUUUGUCAUUUCAUCGCUCAAAAUGUUGUAGACCUCAGAGGAUGCAGGCAAGUGAGUCUGCAUCAAAUUUUAACCUCUGUAAUGACAAUUUUAUUGUUGACAAUCAGAGUACAGACCAUGCUAAACCACUGUCGAUUUGUUUCUUACCAAAAUAACUACAUCAAAUAAAAUGAUUCUUUCAGUAUGUGACCAUUGCAUGACAUGUUGUUGUGAGCAGUGUUACCUGUAAUCUAAUCGGCCAAUCAGAUUGCAACAUUACCACCAAUUGUGGUUAAAAAUUAUAAUAUUGAUAUAUUACACUGUACCCCUAUUUUUAUGAUUUCAGGUUAAGAGAUACAACAGAUUUAAACUGUGUCCCAGACAAUGUUCUGCUUUAUGUCUUUUCCUUUUUGAAUGUUAGAAGCUUGUGCCAAAGUUCUCAGGUAGGAAAUUCAAUAUUUUGGAAAUUAUAUUUGAUUAAUUUUAAUUUUUAAUUUCAUUUGAUUAAUUUUGAUUUUUAUUUCAUAGUCUGAAAUUUUAUCUAAUCAAUACCCAUUUUUAUUUGUGGUUAAAAUUGUUUCUAGUUUUGUGCUAUUCUCACAUUCAUUAUCACAACCAGAAAAAAAAAAUCAAAUUAAUUUGAAAAAUUGUAGUCAGAAAGAAAAAUUUUAACCACAACAUUUUCAUUUGCUGGACUACAAUCUUUUGUCUUAACCCUUUAACUCCCAAGAUGUGAUUGUUAAUUAUACCCUCUAGUGGCUGCGUAUUUCCUUGUAAAUUAGUAAUGAGAGCUUGGUGGUAGAUCAAGAUAGCAGCUUCUACCUGAUAAGUUUGAGUAUUCUCAAUAUCUGUUUGCUGAAUAAUGCAUGGAUAUUUAGGGAGAGGGUUCACGUUAAUCACUACUGGGAGUUAAAGGGUUAAACUGUUUAACCCCUAAUAGUGACGACAUGUAGUAUUUAAUUUCUUCUCGCAGUAUCCCUCCCAAACCACCAAGUAAGGUCAGGAGAAUUAUGGAAAUGAUCAUUAACUAAAGAUUGAAACCCUUGAUUGUUAAACAAAUUCUCCUUGUCAACCCCUCAGGAAAUAUAUAUAUACUCUGGUGUUAGGGUGUAUAAGCUUCAAGGUAGAGAGUAUAUGGCAGGAGUCCAUGUAAACUAUGUACCUUCAGAGAAAGAUGCUUUUUUGUCUUGUCACAAGUGCAAGACAGAGAAAAAAUUCCAAGUCCCCAUGAGGAAUCAACCCUCAGCUCUUUUGAUUCCAUGCUCUAGUGCUCUACCACUGAGCCACAGAGACUCUACACUGAGUGAGGUCUAUUACAAAGCUCAUAUGACAGGCAUCCUGCAUACCGUUAGGUUCAGCUAUGUUGAUAGCGUCAUGUUUGUAAAUAGAAUAAGAGAGAUGGUUAGUUUUUGAGCUCGGUAAAGAAAUAGAGAAAGAGGUUUUUCAUCUUGCCGUGUGUGUGGGACAAGGAAAAAAAUUCUGAGCCUCCAUGAGUCUGCUAUUUAUACUUUCACUUUCCAAGAGUUAGAAAAGGUUUUUUCGUGGGGCAUGUUUCUUGCUAAACAAACCUUUUAUUAUCAUGUGUAUCAAAGGCAUGAACUGAUUGAAUUUGUGAUUGCUUUUCUGAAGGUUUGUUAUCGAUGGAGAUUCUUAACCAAUGAUAGUAGACUUUGGAAAGCUAAAAUUGCUUCACUGGGUAAGUAUUAUGGAAUUAUUUUCAACAUGGUAGUGUAAAUAUUGUUUUGUUUGAAGUUACGAACUUGUCAUUUUUAGAUUUUUUUUCUCCUUUUUUGUAAUUUUUUUUGGAUGAGUCAAGCAGUUUAUUAUUACUAUCUUUGUAUCCAGGGGCCUCUGAAGGAAUUGAAAACUUAACAGAAAAGAUUGAAGUCCUUGGUCAUGGUCAGGCUGUUGAUUGGAAACAAGCUUAUAGAGAAGUAAAAAAUUACUACAAAGAUUUGGCCAUGGUGAAACUAGAGAAGAAAGAAGAGAAAGGUGAGUCACAAACAAGACAAUAAACUAUGUAACCCUAUGAGUAGUAACAAGAUUUCCAAAAUUUGAAGUUGCUAUGAAAGUUUUUGAAGGGUUGAAUUUUUGUCUUGUCACCCACCACCCUCUCCCCUGUCCCCCCCCAAGUGGGUCAGCAACAAAAAGAUUUUGCCACUCAAUAGUUUAGUUAUUUUGAUAAUCAGAAAUUUUUGCUAAAUUUGCCAAAAACAGUUGAUGUCUUUGCUGCAGGUGGUUUGCUUCUGGGUAGAAUGAGUGCCCUCCAUCCAAACAAAAUGUAAAAUGCCAAACAUAGAAUGACCUAAUUCCAAUAGAUUGUAUUUAAAUUGAUGUGACUGGGUGAAAAGUUAUAAAAAACAUUAAUCUUAAAAAGUGAAAUGUUACAUUACUGCCACAGAGUUGAAAGAGAAAUUAGAAGCUGCAAGAUGCGAGGAAAUGAAGAAGCAAUCAAAAGUAACAGUAACUGGUAUGUUUAUUUCAAAUAUGUCUGGCCGUGACAGAAGAACAGGAGACAACAUGCAGUUUCAAAAAGUCAGAGAUAUGUGGUCUCCUUUAAGAGAGAAAAUCAUAGGAAAAGGAAAGGAAAGGAAAACCGUGAGCUUCACUAAACAGAUUAUAAUGAAGAGAGACAUCUGUCUUGAGCAUAUUUCAAAUCAUGUUGAGUAUCUCUUAAACAAGUUUUUUGUGCUUUGCCUGGAUCUUAAAAUUUAAGUCUCGCCACAUGCUUUUGUUCCUUCAGCUGCUCAGAGGGGAAUAAAACUGGUACUUACUGAUAACUUUGGAACUAGCCAAUCAGUGUGUGCUAAAAGCACUAUUCACCUGUGUGGUAUGAACUAACAAUGGAUAUUUGUCAGCUUCGCUUGGGGUAAUUAUGGGGUCAGGUGGUAGGCUUAGUCCAAGGCCACGCAAAGGGACAUAUGUGAUGGAUAACAAAAAUUUAACUGAAAUGUAAAAAGUUUUACAGUUAAAGAAGCUAGUGACAGUUAAAUGUAUUUGUAUGCAUUUUGGUAACUUUUGAUGUAAGUCAGUUAGUGUUAAUUGAAGGUCAGUUUUCCAAUGAUUGAAUCUGCUCUUUUUCCAUCAGAAUUGCCGCCAAAGCCCAUCAUCAAAGAUGAACCAAAGGCUGUGUACAGUAACGUUGGUAAGGGAUGUGUUUUUUUCUGAUCAGUUUGUAAAUAAGCAAGACGCGGUGGCAUAAUGGCCAGUGCACUGGACUUCGCGUCCAGAGGUCUGGGUUUGAGACUCGGCUGGGUCAGUGUGUUUGUUCUUGGACAAAACACUUUAGUCUCACCAUGCCUCUCUCCCCCCAGGAGUAUAAAAAGGUACUAGCAAAUUGUCAGGGAAGCCUGAUGAAAUGCAGGGGGAAACCUUGCGAUGGACAAGCAUCCCAUCCUGGGGGGGGGAAGUUGUAAUACUCCUUGUCGCUUCAUGCUUCUUGGAAACCAGGAUAAACUCUGACUGAGGGGGGCUAAUAGGCUUGAGAAAACACUUUAUUUUUUACUCAUUUUUUUCCUUUACGGAAAUAGCACCAGAAUUUUUAGGCAUUAACAAAAUAAACAAUCUGUAGUGUAAGUUUCUUUGUCUGAAAGAACUGAUUUUCUGCUAUUUUGCACAUGGAGUUCGUAUCGAUUCCUUUCCUUUGCCAGCUGAAAUUAUGAUAGCUCAAGUGAUGGAGAACGUCGGACCCGCUCAGUCUGCCCCGACCGCUGAUCAAAAGGAGCAUGGUGAUGAGUUCACAGCAGCAGACUUUGAUGGAAAUGAUCUUACAGGUGGGAACCUAAAGCUCCUGACACGCAGUUUGAAGGCACUGGCUGAUGGCGGAGAUAAACCUGAAGAUUUAGAUGUUGCAUUGGAUGUACGGCCUACCCUUGUGCAGGCAUCAAACUUGUUGGCAACAUCAGUAUGUAUAUUCUCCAUACUGUUAGUUACACAUUUCCUAAAGUGCUGAUAAGGAGAAUUUAUUGAACAAUCGAAAGCUUCCUUAGUUGGUGAUCAUUUCCUUUUUUCAUAUGUAUCUUAAAUGAAUGAUUCAGUAGUGUAAUUAUAAGGAGAAACUAGAUGCUGAUUACUCUUAGGGUUUGAGGAUUUAAAUCUUCCCGCGGGCGAAGAAACGUGCGUCAUGCAGCGCCGACAAUGACGCCUACUCGAAGGCUAAAAAUAGUUUUCGUUUGUCUCACAGGAAGGUGAUGGAGAAAGAGGCAGGCAAAAGUUUCGUUAUCUCUCACUUGCUGUUCAAGGUGUUUUUUCUGUUCGAAGGGUGCGGAGAUUGCAGGUAUGAAGAUCGUCUGCUGUAACACUUUUUAAAUACACAAGAAUCUCUGCUACAAGUCAUCUGUUUAGAACCUAAAAAUUUUAUUCCGUCCCGCUUCCUUCGUUUUCUAUUUUUUAGGGACACAUGGAUGCCAUAUUCUGCUUACAGUUCGAUAAAAGAAGGAUUAUUACCGGCUCUGCUGACCGCACAAUACGGUAGGCUCAAACUGGUUCUUUAAGGAAAAUUGAAGUCUGACGAAAUUCAUUUGUUUCAGACGUCUUUCAAGAUAAAGGUUAAGGACGAUAAUCAAAUCAAAUUGCUUGUUAUGUAUUCUUUUCUGAAAAGUGAUCUUAGUUGUGAUUUUCUCUCCAUUUCUAGUAUGUGGGAUGUGAGGAGUGGGCGAAGUAUUCACAAGCUAAAAGGCCACAAGGUAUUAUUCUCACAUCGCUCAGGAAGAUACGACUGUGACCGUGAAUUGAUCGUGAGCGACAACUUUGUUUAAGCGCAACAGAUCCUUCUUUCUUCCUUAGCGGCAUGGAAGAGUGUCGUCCAGCGCUGGAUUUGAAAUCUGGAGGGUCCAGGAUGACACCUGCACACUGUCACUUAAUUGGAUUUCUUUCUCGGUAGUUCCGAGUUGAACUCCUCUGUUGAACUUUGUAAAUAAUCAAUUGAUUUGGCCUGCCGUAAAUGGACACUUUGAAACCUGAUUUAAUUGUAAUUUAACCAUUUCGCUACCAACAUCCUUCUUUUUGCUGCCAUAACAUCCCUUUGAAAUAAGUUGAGAGAGUUUGGUUUUUAUGUCAAGGUACAUAAUAAAAAACUCCUGCUCGUAUUCAUGUGUAUUCUCAUUUCUCAUUUGGUGAAUUAAGUUUUGAAACUGUUUGGAGAAUAAACUUUUGAAGUAAUCCUGCAAGGUGAAUGGUCUUUUCUUUUGGUAUUUUUUUUUUACCUCAAGUACCACUUUGUUUUUUGGUUUUCAGGGUGGAGUGCGGUGUCUUCAGUUUGACGAUGAGAAAAUCGUCAGUGGCUCGUGGGAUAUGACUAUCAUGGUUUGUGUUUUCUUGAUUUGUCAAUUUUUGUGUUACCUGUUAAGACUCCAGGACAUCUUUUUAAUUAAGGCUAUGAGAUUAUUAUUCAUAUAUGUAUACCGUUGGUUGUGACAACUCCGAUUCAGUAAUGGAGUAAAUUGCGAUUGGUGUCGUAAAACCAGCCAAUCUCAACAGAGCGAAAAAAGACCAAAGAGUCUAUGAGAGGUCGAUGUGGAAAAAUGGGAAGAAGAAAAAAAACAAACAAACAAACAAAAACUGGACAAAGGCAGUGCCUCAAGCACAGGGAAGCGAGAGGGAACUGUUUGCCAGAAAAACCAAUUCAGCGAUCGUUCUGUUCGGUCGCAGAAGUUUUGCCUUUUUGUUUUCAGUUAUUUUUCCGAUCAUGCGGAAACCAAGCUUUAAUUUUUUUUGUCUUUCACACUAACAGUUGAGUUUUGUGAUUUUAGGUUUGGCACAUUGUUAAGUUCCACAGAUUAAAAGUUCUUUAUGGACAUUCUGGAUGCGUUUCAUGUUUGCAGUUUAAAGGAAAAAUCCUGUAAGUGUUGUAGAACAAGAAAACUUUUGCCUUUCCUCUGCAUGCAUGAGCUUGGAGUAAAAUCAAGGCAUACACGAAUUACUUUCGACACUCACGUGAAAAUCGCUUUUUUCUCCUUUCAGAGUGAGUGGGUCACAUGACCGUACCCUCCGCAUUUGGAACGCAGACACGUGGGAAUGUGAAUCUGUAAUUGAAGGACAUGAAGGUACUAGGAUUGAUAUUGUUACAUUAUCGCCAGUGGCACAGAAGUUGCGCUUCAUGUGUCCGACCAGCCUGGGAGGCUGUCAGUGACUUUGAAAGUGGAAGGCAGAGAAGAAUUAGUAGGCGUCUAGGUUGUGGUAGACGCCUUAUUAUUUCGUUAGAAGAGGAACUAUUUAGUUUUAAAGUCCCAGGCGUAGAAUCGAUUCAGACAUCUAAGUUACGGGCAAAAAGUAUAUUCAAUUUCACUCGAAAAUGGAAAAUGGCCACGUUACAAAUUGGUUCUAUAGUAGAUGUAUUUCAAAAGUUGCACGAUCUUUCAAUUGCACAUAGGUAAACUGAGGUGUAACUAGCCAGCUAUAGAUGGCGGCUGGCGGUUUUGGUCAGCCACUGACUGAGUCUGUACACAUUGCUAACAGCACUUAAUUUGUUAACUUCUAGGUGCUGUUACGUGUCUCCAGCUGAACGGAGACUACCUCGUCAGUGGUUCUAUUGAUAGGUAGGGAAACUAAAUAUCCCGUUUAAUUUCUGCAAACCAAGGUGUAAAUGCUCAUUUUGGGGGGCGAGGGAACGAGAAAUGCGACAGGCAAAUGAUGCAAUAGAGUUUGCGUAGUUCGGCAAAUGCAGCAAACUUUUAGAUGCAUGCACAGGGAAAUUUGCAACAGGCGGUAAGGGCGGGAAACUUGCAACAAGCGGCAAGCGGGGGAAACCUGCAACAAGCAGUAAGCGUGGGAGAAACUUUCGUCAAGAGGCAAGCGCGGGAACCUGAAACAAGCAGUAAGCGCGGGAAGAUUUGCAACAAGCGACAUGCGCGGGAGACCUGCAAUAAGCGUUGACCGCGGGAAAACUUACGGCAAGCGGAAACCGCGCGGAGAAGCUUGCAUCAACCGGAAAGCGAAAGAGAAGUUCUUUUGGUCAAAUUCUCGUUGUGUUUUCUUUUCUCUUGAGAAGCUACUUGUACAUCAUCUAAGACUCACCACUAUUUGAAUAUCACGGAAAAUGAAAAUUAUUUAAACCUAUCUCGUCUUUGUAGGACGUUAAAAUUGUGGGAUAUAAAGACAAGAGCGUGUCUUCAUACAUUUGAGGGACAUAAAGACGCUGUACUGGCCGUCACGGUAAAAUUUCUCAACUUGGUAGCUUUUAGAUGUGUUAUACUCGUUUGUUCUUACAGCAGUUUUUUAAAGGUGACUUCGUCGCGAUUGGUUUGUUAAAACGCCACAAAAUUUUUUUUCUUAUUUUCUUUUUUUUCCUUAUUUCUCUUUCUGUUUUCUUUUUUUUUUUCUGUGAAAGGUACUCGGUAACCUAAUAAUCAGUGGGUCCGCGGACGGCAUGAUUAUGUUCUGGAACCUGGAAACGGGAUUCUGCGAAGCUGCUAUCCAAGGUCAUGAGGGCCCAGUCCACUCUCUGGAUUACAAUGGUCAUCAACAUUUCUUCUCAUCAGGAGGGUGAGACUUUUUCCUAGGUUAUUUCAUUUUCUUGCGAGAGAACCUCCUGUUACUCUUCUCAAAUAGCACUGACGUAAAAUAUUGCAGCAGCACUAGUUAAUGCUAAGCCAACUGUUACAAGCUUGGCGUUAGAUGUUAUCUCACGUUUCUGCUUUGAUUUAGAAAACCCUCGGCUACUAUUCAGGAAUUGCCGUUUCGCGCUUUCUUAGUGAAUUUGUGAGAACAAACUCGCCCUCGCCGAGACUUUGAGCCAAGAUUUUUCGUCAUCAUUUACCAAUUUAUUUUGGCGUUGUAUCAGUCUUGAUAUCUAUAUUGUCUCAGUUUGGAUCUCAAAGUAGUUCACUCUGUUGAAGAGUUUGAGCCAACAACGCUCAAAAACAAAUUUUGCAGGCUUCUUUUCAGCAGCUGCUUAAAUUACAGCUUACCAUCGAGGAUUAUCGCUUUGCCAACCCAUAAAUAUAAGUAUCAUUUCCUUUACGAGAUGUGCGUAUUAGGAAAGCGUGUACCCACAAGUCCUUCAAGGUAAUUAUGUUGAAAAUGGUUUGCGCUCCGACGUCCGAACGUUUACAAGUGAAAGUAUUGCGGUUUUUUAGAGCGUUUUUUUUUGUUUCAUAUCACAGGGAUAAUUUAUUGAAGGAGUGGGACCUAAGUACCUGUACGUGUCUACGAUCAUUACAGGGACACAAAGGGCCGGUGUUCUGUGUUAAGGUAGGAUUAGGAUCUUUCAUUUGUGCUCCGUUAAAUGAGCACAAACUUCUUUCACUUUACUUUCGUUAUACUACCAUAACUUUGACAACUUUGUUCCUAGGCCGUCCCGCACAGGGUUGUCUCUUGCUCUGCCGACGGAUUUACGAGGAUCUGGGACCUAGAUAGUUUGCCCGAAGGAAAGGUUGGUGACGUUGCAUAACCCACAAGUUGGAGUCAAUUUUUUUAAAAUAUAUAAUUUUUAAAACGCUGUUAUUGUUCCUUUCUUUUUUUUUUAGGGUCUGAGUAAAGCAAUUGCUGUUCAAGAAAACGUUAUCACACCAACCAAAGUGGUACAAAACUCUCUCGAGAAAUCUUUAAAAUAGAUUUAGGGGGUAGAUAAUGCUCAUUUUGACCCGGUCUUGCACCAAAAUUUUGCUUUUUAAGUAAUAUUGCUGCUGGUUUUUUGACACCUGUUUACGUCAAUGUUACUGAUUGUAAAGACAGUCGAGACACAAGCACUCUGCUUGGUUGCUAUGCAACCAUGUCCUUUACUAACAAGGAAACAAACAAACAGCAUAAUUAUUUAUUAAUUUUUUUCUUCGCUGAACUGUUUCAGACUAAUUGUACAUUAUGCGCUCAGCACACGGUUUUUCUUUUUUUUUUUUAAAGAAAACACUGUUAUAAAUUAAGAACAUUUCCAAAAUAUACGUGGAAUUUUUCCGUUUUUAACUGAAACAGAUGCUAAAAGAAUUUGUACCGAAAUGUAAGCCAGGAGAUAGAAUAAACAAUAUUGAUGUCUGGGGACGUUUACUCUGGAAUACAAACAGAUGAAGAAAUAAUCAAAAUUUUUAAAAUUUCAGAUGUUAAUAGCGAGAUGCUCUUUAUCAGGCAAUGAUUUUGGAGAAGGUGGAAAUAUGGAAAAUACUUGUAUUUGUUUAGAUAUACUGUUGUCAUGUUAAUAAAAAUUAGAAUCUAUAAACAUUCGAGUG